AUGGCCGGUCACACUCAGAAACACAAUUCAAUACACCAGUCCGUUCAUCAAGAAAGAAGAGACGACGAAUCCAAGUCCGCCAAUGAUGCUGCACCAUCAACCAGCCCAGGAGGCCCAGGGGCCAAAGGAGGCUCACCAGGCCCAGACGCACCCACCGAGACACCAGGUGUCGCCAAUAACGGCAGCUCUCAGCAGGCGCCAGCACCACCAGCACCAGCCCCAGCGGCGGCUGAUGCCCAGAUCGCCACACUCAGGCCGCCACGGGCGCCUAGCGACUCAGCGCCCAAUGAUGGGCAACUGAGGCUGGUGCAGGCGCCAAAGCAUGGCACGCGCAACACAAGCAAAGCCGCGGUGGCGCCCAAACGGCCCCCGGCAAAGCCCAGAAGUCGGCUGCACAGUCCAGCUCAUCGUCGAGAACCGCAAGCCAAGUCUAUCCUCAAACCUGAUCCAUCGUCCGGUGUUAGAAAGAGCCAACUCAGAGCAUUUGACGCCAAAGGCAGACACAAGUCUGUCUCCGUCCGACUAGAGCCUGAAGUCCAGCACAUCUUCGACGACUCUCCUAUCUCCUGCCAUUCCAACGAGGAGAAUGACCCUCCUUCGCCUUCCUACAUCAGUGGCUGUGUAACUGACGAGAUCAACAACGACGACGACGACGACGACGACGACAACGACGACAACGGCACCACCACCACCAUGGAGGUGUCUGGCACCCCCCUCCCACCCCCUGACAAGGCAAAGCGCCCGUCCCUAAAACUCAAGUUCCCCAGCAAACCUGCAACAUCUCAAGCGGGAGGAGUUCAACCUGCACCAGCGCAGAGCCCUGCGCCUCAGAGUGCAGUAAGGACACCAUCCAUCAAGCUCAAACUUCCAGGCACAAGCACUCCCCGGGCGGGUCCUGAAGAUGUCCCAAAGGCAAAGAAGAAGAAGAAGAAGGACACAGAUACUGCCACCGGGACUCCGGGUUCAUCUUCAAAAAAACGCAAACGCGACUCACACGCAGGCGAGGAAGACGAUGGGAGAAAUCGGCCAGCACCAGCUCCGCCCAAGCCUACCGCAUUGCGAAAACUGACAUUCAAGAAAUCGUCCCUGCCCACUCCAUCAUCCGCGCCCAAGCCUACAGCAACAGCACACUUGGCAUUCAAAAUCAAAGGUAAAAUCCCCAAGCGAGCGUUGGGGGUUGGCUACGACUCAGAACUCGAGAGCGAAUACCAGAACGACAAGGGCGAAACGCUUGUCGGUCGCGAAGUCGACCCAGUCAUACAUGAAGGCUUUGUGCUACGAAUGCAACCCGGAGAUGAUUGCGAUUAUCUACGAAAAGUGAUCGAGGAUGGGACAGCAGGCCAAGUACUAGCAAGAGGUGCACACGUCAAUCUAAGGAUGCUCGAUACUCUAGGCAGGAGAGGCAUUCUGCAGAUCAAGGAUCACAAGUACGCUACCUCGCUGGUAGACCUCCCAUGCAUUAUUGAAGGAAUGAAAUCCUGGGACAAGAAAGGGUGGAUCAAGAGUAUAGACAUCUGUCAGAUGCUGUUAGUGCUUGGCCGUUGUAAUAACGAGGAGGAAGCCAGGAACUAUCCCCUGCCCGAAGAUGUUGAUCCCAAAACCUAUCAAUAUGCUCAUGGGCUUACGGCCCCCAUGAAAUGGGUACGGAAGAGACGAUUUGCCAGAACAAAACGAGCACGUGUGGAUGACAUUGAAGCGGUUGAACGAAGGGUCCAUGCUCUCCUUGAAGCGGACAAGGCGGCCUUGAGCUCAAAGUAUCAACUUCUGGAUCAUGAUCCGCGCCUCGACGAACAUGGUUACAGCACCGAAUUGGAAGAAGACGAAGAUGCGGAGGGUGAGCCAGAAGACUAUUUCGAUCUACAGCCUGGUGUGCACGGUUCCAUCGCAGAAACGCCAAUGCUCACCGAAACACCUGUGCAGGAGGAAGUCGGGCAGGAGGACCUGGAUGAGCUCGAACGCAUGUUCUUUGACGAGGAUGCCGGACCUUCCGCAGAGCCAACCGUUCAGGCUCGAAACACCUUGCAUCCUCCUGAAGCAGGUGGUGACUCGUCUUUCGCUGUAACUAGCACAUCAGCGUCCCCUUCGAUGACCGCUGCACAGACACCUGUCUCAGCAGAACCCGCAGAAGCUUCUUCAGACGAAGACGAAGACGAAGAUGCCGGUGAUGAGGACGAAGACCGCGACGAUGCCGACAAGGAGGGUGAUGAGAAUAAACGACAAGUUCUGGAAAGAAUUGAGGACAUGCAGAACAAGAUUGCAGAACAAAGAGAGCUGCUCAAGAAGACAACAAAUGCAAUCUUGAAGAAGAAAUUGGCGAGAAAGAUUCAGGAUCUGGAGGAUGAUGUCGCUAUGAUGAGGAAGAAUGCCGGGUUGGGCGGAGACGAGGAUGAGGAUUGA